AUGCCACUAGCGCUCAAAAUUGUCGCAGGGUCAAUAGGCUUCCUCUCUGUACCUAAGGAAGACUUGACCGAAUAUUUAGAGACUUUGAAGAAAUAUGGAGUAAAAGAGAUCGAUACUGCAAGACUCUAUGGUGACUGCGAGAAGUUGAUUGGUGAGUUGGACCUUCCCCGCAAAUUCAAAAUCGACACCAAAGCUCGGGGACUCUCGGAUCACAGCCUAAGCAGAGAGAACAUCAACCAGUCCAUUGAUCUGUCUCUCCGGUUUUUGGGCGUCCAAAGCGUAGAUUUGUUUUAUUUGCACAGCCCAGACCCACAGACACCUUUGGAAGAGACGCUGGAUGCGAUUGAUGCCUUACAUAAGCAAGGCAAAUUUAAGAGAUUCGGAGUUUCCAAUUUUUCGCCUGAGGAUGUCAAGAAGAUCCACGCAUACGCAGAAAGCAAGAACUAUGUGAAACUCUCGGUUUACCAGGGUAACUAUAAUCCUGUUGUGCGGAGAAUCGAAUAGACUCUGUUCCCCGUUCUCAGAGAUCUUGGCAUUUCAUUCUAUGCUUACGCCCCGAUGGCAGGUGGGUUUUUAGCGAAAACUCGCCAAGAAGUUGAAGAGGGAAAAACAGGCAGGUUUGACAAGAGCUCAUUUGUCGGUGAAUUCUACCACAAAAUGUACAGUAGGCCUUCCAUUCUCAAAGGGCUCGAGAAAUGGAACGCAAUCGCUGAUGCUGCUGGAAUUACCAAGGCAAAUUUGGCUCACAGAUGGAUAACUUACCACUCUUGUUUGGAUAGUGCGCUCGGCGACGCGGUAAUCAUCGGCGGAAGGACUCCGGAAACGAUUGCUGAAACCUUGAAGGGCUUUCAAGACGGCCCUCUAGAUUCUGAAACUGUUGCAGGAAUUGAAAAGAUCUGGCAACUAGUAAAAAAUGAGGCCCCGUUGAAUAACUACGCUUCU